GUUUAUUGUUUUCCGGCAGAGGAUGAUAUAGUUGCAAUUCAUAAGCAGCUGGUCACCCUGAAUACUGACAAGCGAUUAGAAGCUGCUGUGAAUGUCUAUUAUCAAUAUACAAUGGCAUGGCUGACCUCGAUGACUGCACCGGCAAGACAUGAAAGUUUUUUCUGUGAUACAACAUUCAUCAAACUAGAGCCAGUGGAAGCUGAACCACACACAUCUCCUAAGCAAGAGAUUGAGUACAUAUCUGUUAAACAGGAGACUCUGGUGGAAGCUGAACCACACACAUCUCCUAAGCAAGAGAUAGAGUACAUAUCUGUUAAAGAAGAAACUCUGUGUCUGCGGGAUUGGGAGGUUCCAGAUGGCCACGAUAGUGUGCGGGAUCCCUUAAGCAUCGAUAAAAAGGAAAAAUCACCUUCAGAAGAUUUUCCCACAUCUAGCAUAUUAAAUACUGAGAAAACAGAGGAUGAGGAAGAAGAGGAGAAGGCAAUGAGCAAGGACAGUGGGGAGGAAUGUUCAUCUUCAGAAGAAUUUCUCGAGCAUAGUGUAUUCCAUGUUGAGAAAACGGAGGAUGGGGAAGGUGAUGAAGCAGUGAGCGAGGAUGACUUCGAGGAGCUCAAACAUGGAGUGGAGUCAACAUGCAGUGACAGUGAACCAGAAAGGUGUCAGCGUGACAGCGGAAAGCAGAUCGCACGUCGCGGGCAGUCAGUUACAAUGGCUCACUGGAAGCUGUCAGUUCGAGAGAGAGUCGUCGCUCUGAUCGAAGGGGGCAAACAUUCGAUUAGAUGUGCCGGUAGGAGCCAGGGCGUGCCGCACACUACCGCAAACAGAUGGUGGAGGAAUUAUGUCAAAAGAGGCACUACCGGCAGAAUUCCCGGCUCAGGCAGGAAGAGGCGGAGCACACAGCAGGAGGACACUGAGCUCGUGCGUAAGAGCCGGCAGCUUCCUUUCCUAAGCGCGAAGCAGUUGCGGCGAGAGACCAACUUCCCUGCUUCCAGUGACACGGUUCGCCGGAGGCUGAGGGAAGCGGAAGUGUGUAAGUACAAUCCCAGUUGCGAUGGAGGAUGACAAGAGUAAAGAUUCCAGUCGUGGUUUAGUGGCUGAAGUUUCACUAGCUGCAAGAAAAUGCAACAGGACUGAAUGGAACACCAAGAAGGA